AGGAUUUUUGGCUAUAUAUUUUUCCUUUCCCCCUUGAAAAUAAACAAAUCAAAAGGUUACUUAUAUGAAACCCUAGAUAUAUAAAAUUACCCGCGCUGUCCAUGGCGAUCGCAAGAACUGGUGUCUUUGUUGAUGAUUACUUGGAGUAUGCGAGCACAUUGCCAGCUGAGUUGCAGAGGCUUCUCAACACCAUCAGAGAACUUGAUGAACGUUCCCAAUCCAUGAUUAAUCAAACAAGGCAGCAAACGAAGAACUGCUUGGAUAUGGCUUCUCAAAACUUCAAUAGAAACAACCAUGAUGACGGUGACUUGGCUUUUGAGAAAAUGAAGAAAGAGAUUGAAGGGAAUCAAGAUAAUGCUUUAAGCUUAUGUACUGAGAAGGUCCUUUUGGCACGACAAGCCUACGAUCUUAUAGACAGUCAUGUAAAGCGUCUAGAUGAAGAUUUGCACAACUUUGCUGAGGAUUUAAAACAAGAGGGUAAAUUACCAGCUGAUGAACCGGCAAUACUUCCCCCGUUACCUUUAAUUCCUAAGUUGGAAAAGCGGAAACUACCGUAUAUAGUACCUCAUUCUAAGAAGCUCGAGUACAGGGACAGGGAGUGGGACCACAGGGAUAGGGAUUUUGAGCUUAUGCCUCCACCCGGUGGAUUUAAAAGGGAUUAUGUGCCCCCCUUGGAAAUUGAGCAACCAAUUGAUCCAAAUGAACCCACCUAUUGCGUCUGUCAUCAGGUUUCCUUUGGUGAUAUGAUUGCAUGUGACAAUGAGAAUUGUCAAGGUGGAGAGUGGUUUCAUUACUCAUGUGUUGGGCUCACCCCAGAAACAAGGUUCAAGGGGAAGUGGUAUUGUCCAACUUGCAGACAACUACCACUCUAAGAAGAGAAUUUGCGGUUUGUAUAUGUGUUGUAUAACAACCAUAUUAUCUGCAAUUUUUUCUAUCUACUUUCAAAAGAGUCGUGCCUUGGUAUUGUUUGAAAGGAAAUUCAGGUUUUGGAACCAUAGGAUUAAUGAUCACCUUUGUUUUUUUGGGUUGUGACGUUUUCAACAUCAUUGUAUUUGGCUUUGCAUUUGUAAAGAAAAUGCAUAACCGCAAAUUCGUUAUGAAAUAACAGACAUAGGUAUAUCAAAAAUCUGCAGACAGUGUUUAGUAAUUUUGCAACAAAGAUGGUUAGCUGAUAGAGGAAAACCAUGUGAUGGCUCAAUAGUAGAUGGUUACUCUGAUAUUUAAGGUUUCGACCCUGAUAUCUCUUAUGAGAAAAUACUUGUAUUCAAUGGCAUUUAAGCAUUGAUUGAAAUUCCAAAUUC